GGGUGCCAAAUUGGUCGGGAACGGCCCUGGAGUAAACAAUAGUUGAUAUUUUUAUUCCUGUGGCAGUUUGAACCUUUUAUUUUGAAAGCUCCAACCAGAAAUCCUAUUCAUGUUAUGGCUGAUUUGACAGAUUCCAUUGCAACUUUUAUUUUGAAAUUAUUUUUCACCGGUAAUCACCUUGUCAUAUCUUCUUUAAUUGACACAUAUCGUAUUCGAGCGCAAAGCGCCAAGUCACUUUUCAUUCGCUCUGCAACAAUACUGAGUUUAUGAACAGAAAAAGUAAUUGUUGACACUAAUUAAGAUCAGUCGAAGAGUUCAUUUAUUUACGACACAGGUCAGUCAGUUCACACUUUCCUGUUUUUCAUCCUUUCCUUCCCUCUUUCUCAUUUUCUUUUUGGAUUUCUUUCGCUCUCGAUUUCUUUCACGCUCCUUUUCCCGUUCCCGCUUUCUUUCUCUCUUUUUCUCUCUUUUCUGUUCUUUUCUUCUUCUGCGUUCUUCCUUCCUUUCUUUUUUCUUCUCUUUUUCGCUGGACUCGACGAUGCGUCCUGGUUGCGCGCCUUGGACUGCGCUUGGAUUGUGAUGGACCUCCGGAGGUGUGUGCGUCCCCGGAGAGCGAGAGGACAUCUGCAAGCUUAGUAUGAACUGCAACAUUUGUAAUCCAGAAGCUCCGCAGAGGAGCAGGGCGGAGUGAGAUCACAUCGUCCCCCUCCGCUGAUUUUCUACGUCGUAGCCAGCAGCAACCUCUAAAUGCACAUUUCGCCACGUUGCCGGCCGUCAGUUAACUCAGCAGACUGGUGCUGCAUUCGAGAAAGAUGGGAAGUCAAGAGUUUCCAACCUCCCAUAUGGUAAAAUAUCAUUGGAAUGCCCCCACUAUUUGAUCACUUACGAGAAGACAGGUGUGCUGGAGGUCAAAAUGUCUUAUGAUGGCCAAAAUAAAAAACAACUUGUCAUGAUCAGCCGUGUUUGCUGUUUAUAUUUGCUUGGAACGCUUUUAGGUCGCAACUGGUACUCUCCGAUUGGAAAAAGUCCGACUUCCCACCUUUCUCAGUUUUAUCCUGCUAUAUCGUCCCUACCAAUGUUGAGACCAAACGUACGCCCUUGCCAGGACCUCCUUUAAUCAAGAUCUCAAGUGAUCGGGGGACAAAGUUGGAGUAGAACAUAUAUUUGAAGUGACAGAAGUGAAAGUAAAAGAAAAACGUGCAGUGUCAUCUGGCCAGGAGCCCCUCAUGUGUGGGGCUUCCUCCGCUGUGUUCUCUUCCCCACCUCCCCUCUUCCUCCCAGCUUCAGUGGGAUGUUCCAGGUGUGUCCACUCUUAGCAUUGCUUGUGCUCUGCAGCUGCACAAAGGUCUCUUCUACCACAGCCUGGCAGCGAGUUGAGGAGCAGUGGAGAAAUUACAAAAACGAGUGUUUAGACUCUUUGAACCGCGCUCCCCCCACAGCAGGGCCGGUGUGUAACAGGACCUUUGACCAGUAUGCCUGCUGGCCUGAUGGACUCCUUGGAACCACGGUCAAUGUCUCUUGCCCUAAGUUCCUACCAUGGUAUUAUGAAGUCCAAGAUGGGUUGGUCUACAGAUUCUGCGGUGAAGACGGUCGAUGGGCCCAGAAAAAUACUAGUGAAUGUGAGCAUGACUCUAGCCAGCAGCAGUAUGGCCGCAUCCUCAGUCAAUUUCGGAUUGUGUAUACGGUGGGAUACUCACUGUCCCUGGGAGCUUUGCUUCUUGCUCUGGGAAUCCUCAUCAGUUUCAGGAAGCUGCACUGUAUGAGGAACAACAUCCACAUGAACUUGUUUGCCUCCUUUAUCCUGAGAGCCGUAUCCAUUCUGGUCAAAGAUGCCCUGUUGACCCUAACACUGGACCCCAGGAGCAGUGGUGGAACUCGGGCUCAAACCUGGAUCAACAUACCGGCUAUCAUGUGGUGUCGGGGCGCUAUGGUGAUGAUGCAGUAUACAGUGAUGGCCAACAACUACUGGCUGUUGGUGGAGGGCAUCUACCUGCACAGCCUGCUCGUCAUCACUGUGUUCAGUGAGAAGAAGUAUUUUUACAUCUACUUGGCGAUCGGUUGGGGUGCACCGCUCGUAUUUGUUUCUCCCUGGAUUGCAGUCAAAUACCUCUUUGAGAAUGAAGAAUGCUGGGAGAGAAAUACUAAUAUGGGAUACUGGUGGAUAAUCCGUUGCCCAAUACUUGUUUCUUACUUGAUCAAUUUUUUCAUUUUCAUACGAAUCAUCAAAAUCUUGAUGUCUAAACUCAGAGCUCAUCAGAUGAGAUACACUGACUACAAGUUCAGAUUGGCAAAAUCAACUCUAACUCUUAUCCCUCUGCUGGGGAUUCACGCAAUUCUCUUCACCUUUGUCAUUGAUGAAGCCGUCCCAAAAGGUUCCAUGUUGCGCCUGAUUCGGCUCUUCGUUGACCUUCUGUUCAACUCCUUUCAGGGACUGCUUGUUGCCAUCUUGUACUGCUUUGUCAACAAAGAGGUGCAGUCAGAGAUGCUGAAAAAGUGGAAGCGGUGGAAGCUGGGUAAGGACAUUGACGAGGAGUACCGCAACACCCACAGCCAGACGCCACAUAUCAAAAGUGGCAGCAUUGCCACAGGAAACCUGCCUGAUCUCCAUGACAACAACACCACUGACCCAAGUGGGGGGUCACUGGGUACGCCUCAACUCAGAAAAGCUGACAACAGCUCCUCCAGUCACGCCCCUCCUGACGAAAACCGCCAAUUGGUGGUGUCCUACAGUAACGAGAUGGGGAAUGUCAACAAACAAGCCUUUCACCUCUCCUUUGUGUCACAACAAGGUGACUCCAACUAUGGCAGCACUAGCUUGAAGGACACAUGUCGAGAGGAAAGAAUACAUUGCCACGCUUACCUGACGGAAGGGGAAGAAACUGAUGUCUAAGUCCUGCGCCAAUGUUAAGAGAUAAGCAAGAAUGAUGCUUUUAAGCACUGAACAAAUUUAAACAUAUAAGCAAAACUUAGGGAUAUUAUACACUCGGGAUUUACAAUCGGCAGCCGAAUCCAACAAAAAUAAUGUACUGUGCAAUGUUUGACUAUAUUUUUGCGUGUGAUGUGUACUUUUAAUGUUGAUAUUCUGCUUCUGUUGUGUGACUUCUAGUUGCAAUUGAUGUACUAGUCCUUGUAAAAAAAAUUAGUAUAUCGUGAUAAAGUUUAUUAUUUUCUGUAAUGUACUGAAAAACAUUAGACUUUCAUAUAGUUAAGAUUCAUUACACACAACUGAAGUAGUUCAACCCUUUUAUUGUUUUAAUGAAGAUGAUUUUGGCAAAAAUGUAAUGAAAAAACAAAAAUCCCUAUCCCCCCAAAAAAUCAGCAUAUUUCAUCCGACCAAUACAAAAAAAGUGUUUUUUAAUACAAAAAAAUUCAACCAUCAAUUAAUUAUAUCAGCUAUGCGCUCAAUACUUGGUCGGGAAUCCUUUUGCUGAAAUGACUGCUUCAAUGCGGCGUAGCAUGGAGGCAAUCAGCCUGUGGCACUGCUGAGGUGUUACGGAGGCCCAGGAUGCUUCGAUAGCAGCCUUAAGCUCAUCCACAGUGUUGGGUCUGGUGUCUCUCAACUUCCUUUUCACAAUAUCCCACAGAUUCUCUAUGGGGUUCAGGUCAGAAGAGUUGGCAGGCCAAUUGAGCACAGUAAUACCUUGGUCAGUAAACUGUUUACCAGUGUUUUUGGCACUGUGAGCAAGUGCCAGGCCGUGCUGAAAAAUGAAAUCUUCAUCUCCAUAAAGAUUUUCAGCAGAUGGAAGCAUGAAGUGCUCCAAAAUCUCCUGAUAGCUAGUUGCAUUGACCCUGCCCUUGAUAAAACACAGUAGACCACCACCAACAGCUGACAUGGCACCCCAGACCAUCACUGACUAUGGGUACUUGACACUGGACUUCAGGCAUUUUGGUAUUUCUUUCUCCCCAGUCGUCUUCCAAACUCUGGCUCCUUGAUUUCCGAAUGACAUGCUAAAUUUGCUUUCAUCUGAAAAAAGUACUUUGGACCACUGAGCAACAGUCCAGUGCUGCUUGUCUGUAGCCCAGGUCACGCGCUUCUGCCUCUGUUUCAGGUUCAAAAGUUGCUUGACCUGGGGAAUGCGGUUCUGUAGCCUAUUUCCAGCACACGCCUGUGCACGGUGGCUCUGUAUGUUUCUACUCCAGACCCAGUCCACUGUUUCUGCAGGUCCCCCAAGGUCUGGAAUCGGCCCUUCUCCACAAUCUUUCUCAGGGUGCGGUCACCUCUUCUGGUUGUGCAGCGUUUCCUGCCACACUUUUUCCUUCCCACAGACUUCCUGCUGAGGUGCCUUGAUACAGCACUCUGGGAAAAGCCUAUUCGCUCGGAAAUUUCUUUCUGUGUCUUAGCCUCUUGCUUGAGGGUGUCAAUAAUGGCCUUCUGGACAGCAGUCAGGUCGGCAGUCUUGCACAUGAUUGCGGUUUUGAGUAAUGAACCAGCCUGGGAGUUUUAAAAGCCUCAGGAAUCUUUCGCAGGGGUUUUGAGUUCAUUUGUUGAUUCAGAUCAUGAAGUUAGCAGCUUCUUUAGAGUACCUUUUCAUGAUAUGCUAAUAUUUUGAGAUAGGGAUUUUUGGUUUUUCUUUUUUGCCAAAAUCAUUAACAUUAAAACUGUAAACUGUAUUAUUAUUAUUAUUAUUAAAACUGUAAAAGUCUUAAACUAUUUCAGUUGUGUGUAAUGCAUCUAAAAUAUCUGAAAGUUAUCAGUACAUUACAGAAAAUAAUGAACUUUAUCACAAUAUGCAAUUUUUUUAGAAGGACCAUACAUUUUAUACAUGACAUUUGCAGUAUCAAUGCCUUUUGAAUGUGAACUACAGCAUGCAACACUUGAAAGCAUCUUCUCCUUGUUGGUUCGCAAAAGUAUAAUGGCGUUUAUGUUGUUUAAUAGAUUUUAUUGUCAAGUGACCAAAGCCAAAUGAAUAUCCUAGAGUCUUAUUAGAGUUUCCAUGUUUUAUUUCUAUUUCGGUGAAUGUACAGUGGUGAAAUAUGGUUGUAAUGUGUUUGAAAUGUAAUGAAAGGUGUUUGGAGGCUACAGCAUCUAGAUGUGUUGUGAGUAGAGUUGUCCGAUAAUGACUUUUUAUUUCAUAUCACGAUAUUGCCCAACUCCAAAAAAUCCGAUACUGAUAUAAAAUCGAUAUAUGCGGUAAUGGACAUAACAUAUUAUGACUGAUUGUAUUGUUAUGCCCCACUGGAUGCUUUCAUAAUGAUAAAUGUAACAACAUCAAGGUUUUCCAAAUACACAUUCCGUGAAAAAUAAGAGAACAAUUUCAACUAAAGUUAUGUAAAAUGUGCCUUUAUUGCACUACUAUAUUUAUUGUUGAAAUCAAAAUAGUGCAAACAUCAGCUAUAUGGAUCAAGUGUAGGGUUGGGCAUCGAGCAUCGAUUUGAUUCGGGAGUAACACUACGGAUCUCCCGGAACCAUUCGAGUUUUUAAAAUUUCGAUUCCAAAUUUUGAUGCCCUGACCGGAAAAAAUAGCUGCUGAACACCACGAAGAACAAGCCACAUGAAGACUAGCUCCAUUAUGAGCAAAUCAAAUGAAGUGGUUAAUUUAGCUUAGCACAAAAAAACGUGUUGCUUCCUAUAAAUGACAACAAAGUAACAGAAUAAACAAACAGAAAUGAUCAGCCCUUACCUAACUUGUAGAAAUACCACCUAAAACAAACAAUGUAAUACGAUAAAUGCCUGCAACAUAAGACACUCUAAACAUAGGCAAAAUGAGCUUUUGAAAAAUAAACAUCUUUGUGAAAGUGCACUCCUGUGGAAAGAAACUUCAUCAUAUUCAAGUUUAAAGACUGAUAUUAAUAUACUGUACAAGUUAAAAAUAGUCCUGCCAGAAAUUAAGACCAAAGUUAAUUGAAAGCGAACUUAAAAAAUAAUCAAGACGUUAAGAAAUUGAUAUAAACUGCAAUUUUAUUGUUUACCCAGCCUAUUAAAAGAAUCAGAAUCGAGAAUCGUUUGGAACCGGAAUCGAAAGGUGGAAUCGUAAUCGUUCAACAUGUCCAUAAGGCACGUAUUCUGUUCUAUGUGUGUGUGGGUACACAAAUUGACAGACAGCGAACAAAUCAGGCUCUGAAAAGUCAGACUCUGAAGUAAAGUUGAAUUGGCUUUACUGUGGCCAUCUUUCUCUUGACAAGAGCACUGAUAUUUUUUUUGUAAAACUGUAAAAAACAAAACAUUGUGUCAAUAAUAUGAAAUAAAGUCACAAAAAUAAUAUUAAGUAUAAACAUUAUGUGUCAAUUUGAAAAGCAACUGGUAGUCCAGCUUGCAACCAAUUAAUUAAUAUAACCACAUUUUACCGCAAAUGCAAACAAAGCGAAAUAUACACAUCUUUAAUAUACUACACAACACUCUUGAGUAUAAAGCAAAUAAAAACUGUAACUUACAAGCAAUACUUGUAUAAGGCACAAACAAGGUGGUGAGAUGGCAAGAACCGCGAUGAUACACUGGCUGCUGACGUUAGCUCGUCCAAGUAACUCUCUCUAUUUAUAAAGAGAUUGCACUGACAUAUGAAUGCAUCAGCAGAAAGAGCUGGAACCUAUCAAAACUAAUUACACCUAAGCGCCAGCAGAGGGCAAAGAAACCAAAAACACAAUGAGUGGACAUGACAGCACUACUGUUUGCAUAUUUGCCCAAAACCAAUGUCGACAAUAUCCGAUAUCAUUUUAAAAUGUUUUUAUCAGCCAAUAUUAUUGGCUACCCGAUAAUAUCGGACAACUCUAGUUGCAAGAAUAUUAUUUUCACUCAAAUGCAUGAUAAUGUGCUGCCGUUGUAAGCGCUGAAAAGCAAUGUAACCCAUUGUUGUGUUGCUGUACAACGACGCAUUUUUAGCUAACUGUCAUCACGUUAUUUCGUCAUCAUUCACGUUUUCAGCUCAACAGUCAAUACAAAGAGAGCAUGCAUGUACAUAAUUGCAUGUAUGGCCUCAAAGGUCUUUACACAAUGACUUUAUUGUAAGGGGAGGCGAUGCAUCAUGUUGCUGCAUUAGCAGUUAUUUUGAAAGAGUAGCACAGUUAUACAUAUACACACAUAUUUACAUAAGUGUAUUUGUAUAUUUUCUCCUUCCACUGACGCACAAGUGCCACACUUAGCUGGUCACAAAGUGUAAAUAUAGAUAUCUUGUAUUUUUGUUUGUAUUUAUUUUUCUUCAGAUGUCAAAAGUAGGAGGCAAGUAGUACAUGGAAGGCAAUUUUUGUGCUGCAUUGUGUCUCUGAGCUUUUAAAUUAA